AUGGUUGGAGAAAGAGACGCCGAAACAGAGAACUCAGAGAUAAUGGCGGAUCAAAUAUUAGCUUCUCUCAGGUCUCUAAUGGCCUCUCACUCGCCCCCACUCGAUGCUUUGGUCGUUCCUUCUGAAGACUAUCAUCAGAGCGAGUACGUUUCCGCGAGGGAUAAACGGCGCGAAUUUGUAUCUGGAUUCACCGGAAGUGCUGGCUUGGCUCUUGUACUGGCAAAUGAGGCAUUACUAUGGACAGAUGGGCGGUACUUUUUGCAGGCCGAAAAACAGCUUAGCAACGAGUGGAAGCUCAUGCGUAUGGGGGAAGACCCAGCAGUCGACAUCUGGAUGGCUGAUAAUCUGCCAAAUGAUGCAGCCAUUGGUAUUGACCCUUGGUGUGUGUCUGUCGAUACUGCUAAAAAAUGGGAGCAUGGUUUUGCAAAGAAACAGCAAAAACUGAUUAAAACAACUACAAACUUAGUAGAUGAAGUCUGGUCAAAUAGACCACCACCUGAGGCAAAUCCUGUUGUGCUACAUCCAUUGGAAUUUUCUGGUCGUUCCGUUGAAGAUAAGUUAAAGGCUUUAAGGGAAGAGCUUACACGGGCAAAAGCUCGUGCAAUUAUACUUAGUGCAUUAGAUGAGGUUGCGUGGCUUUAUAAUAUCCGUGGGGAUGAUGUUUCAUAUAGCCCUGUCGUUCAUGCAUUUGCUAUCGUAACAUCAGUUGCAGCUUUCUUGUACGUGGACAAGAGAAAGGUGUCUUCUGAGGUGAGCUCUUAUAUGGAGAAAAAUGGUAUAGAAGUGAGGGAUUAUGGUGAUGUGAGCUCAGAUGCAGCCUUGCUUGCAUCUGACAAGCUUAUCUCGACCAGUUUAGCUAAAGAAGCUGGGGUUGAUAUUCCAUUGAACACUACAACAGGGAAUGAUGACUCUGCAGAAGAUAAGAAAAAUGACCUUGUAUGGGUUGAUCCCGGAUCAUGCUGUUUUGCUUUGUACACAAUACUGAAUCCGGAUAAAGUUUUUCUUCAAUCGUCGCCGUUGGCUCUCGCAAAAGCCCUAAAGAAUCCCGUUGAGAUUCAAGGACUGAAGAAUGCACACAUUCGGGAUGGGGCUGCUGUUGUGCAAUAUCUUGUUUGGCUGGACAAGCAGAUGCAGGAUAUUUAUGGGGCUUCUGGUUAUUUCUUGGAAAGCGAGGUCCAAAACAAAGAUAACCUGAUAACCACAAAACUUACAGAAGUGUCGGUAAGUGAUAAGCUAGAGAGUUUCCGUGCGUCUAAAGAGCAUUUUAGGGGGUUGAGUUUUCCGACCAUCUCGUCAGUAGGUCCAAAUGGGGCAAUCAUACAUUAUGGUCCUGAGGCAGAAACAUGUGCUGAACUUGACCCAAAUAGUAUCUAUUUAUUUGAUUCAGGAGCUCAGUAUCUUGAUGGAACAACCGACAUUACACGGACUGUUCAUUUUGGAAAACCCACGUCACAUGAGAAAGCAUGUUAUACUGCGGUUCUGAAAGGUCACAUUGGCUUGGGUAAUGCACGAUUUCCCACUGGAACCACUGGUCAUAUCCUAGAUGUUCUUGCACGGCUUCCUUUGUGGAAAAAUGGUCUUGAUUACAGGCAUGGGACUGGCCAUGGAAUAGGGUCUUUCCUGAAUGUUCAUGAAGGUCCUCAUCAAAUCAGUUUCAGGCCAGCUGCUCGGAAUGUGCCACUACAACCCUCAAUGACUGUUACAGAUGAACCCGGUUAUUAUGAAGAUGGGAACUUUGGCAUAAGAUUGGAGAAUGUGCUUGUUGUAAAAGAAGCUGAUACAAAAUUCAAUUUUGGCGGCAAGGGCUACCUGUGUUUCGAGCAUAUAACAUGGGCGCCAUAUCAAAAGAAGUUGGUGGAUGUUAGCCAGCUCGUGUCUGAAGAAAUCGAAUGGUUGAACAAUUACCACUCCAAAUGCAGGGAAGUCCUGGCCCCAUAUUUGAAUACCUCAGAGAUGGAGUGGCUGAAGAAAGCUACUGAACCUAUUGCUUCUUGA